UCUUCUGACUUAUUGUGAAUAAUACUGCUGUGAACACUGAUGUACAAGAAUUUGAGUUCCUGCCUUUUUUUUUUUAAGUGAAAUUUCUGGAUCAUAGGGUAUUUAACUUUUGAGAAAUCUAGACUUUUGAAGGAGAUCCGUGCUCUGUUAAGUUGGCUCUGGUCAUCCUAGCCUUCUUCUGGACAGAUACGGGUGGGCGGGGGACUCCUCCCUCUCUCCGGCAUCCACACUGUCCCCAGCCCCUCACUUCACUGCUUUCGGGAGGCUCUUUUACACAGAAGGGCAGGCUGCGGAACAGAGGCUGACCCUGGUGUGCAGCUGGGCUUGCCCGAGGGAGCGAGGUUUAGGUCGGUCCCAGCGUCUCCAGCGAGGGCGGUGCUGUGGGCGGGAGGGGAGGCUCCUCCCGGUUCUUUGAAAUCCCACCGGCUAAGCCGGCCGCGUCCGCCCUCUCCCGCUGCGGGAGCUGACCAGGUGGGCCGGCCCACAAGUCCGUGCCCCGGGGCGGGCACGGCGGGAGGCUGGUACUCCUUGCUCGGAUCCGCGCCGAGCUCCGCGCUGAGCGCCAGCGCCCCGAUACUGCCCGCGGCGGUCGUUCCGGAGCUUGAGCGCGGGGAGCGCUCGCCGCCCGGGCCCGGCUGCCUCCGGCGUGUCCUCUCCGCCAGCUGCAGUCUCUGCGUCCCCGACCCUCCGGCCCGGGCUCGACUCCCGGAUCCCCAGCCGCGCGCCUGCCCAGCGACCACGACGUGCCUAGUCCUGCCCCCCGCCCCCUCCGCCUCCCCGAAGCCGGGCCCCCACUGCGUCCGGGAGACCUGCAGACUCGGCCCGAGCACGCUUCUUCUAAUCAGCUGGAGGUGCCCUGGGCUCCCCGCGGCCACCGGGGGCGGGGACCGCCGGUGCUGGGCGGGCCCGGGCCGGGGGUGGCCUUGCCUCGGGGUCCGCGUUCCUGGGAUCUGCGGCGGUGGCGCGAGCGCAACUCCCGCCCGAGCCGGGAGAGAAGCCGGAGGAAAGGAGGAAGAGAGGGGACCGGUGCGGUCCCUGCGGGCCUCAGAGAGCAGCGGUUCGUGUCCCCGGGCCCGGAUAGAGAACCGGGACUUCGUCUGCCCGCCGGGAUGCCGCAGAUCUUCAAUGGAAAUGAAAUAAAUUGAGCCAGUGCCUGGUUGUGUCUAUAGCAAUCCAGCCUUCCCUGAAUGAGUGGGCUUAGAAUGGAGCUCGGAUACUCUACCCCAAGAUGUUGGCAGACACAUUCUGACUCAUUAAAGGAGAGCUGAGUGUAAGCAGAGAAGGGAGAAGACAUCAGCCUCCCACACAUCACCUCAGAGGAAUUCUAAGCAGGGUUGCUCAGAGCACCGCCUGGCCAGAUGGAGAUCACCACAGGGGUCACGGAUGAGAACGCCACCAACACCUCCACCAACUUCCUUCCUGUGCUUGCCCCCCAUGGAGCCCAGGCUGCUUCCUUGCCAUUCAACUUCAGCUAUGGUGACUAUGAUAUGCCUUCGGAUGAAGAUGAGGAUGUGACCAAUUCCCGUACUUUCUUUGCUGCCAAGAUCGUCAUUGGCAUGGCCCUGGCGGGCAUCAUGCUGGUCUGCGGCGUCGGCAACUUCGUCUUCAUUGCGGCGCUGGCCCGCUACAAGAAGCUACGCAACCUUACCAACUUGCUCAUCGCCAACCUGGCCAUCUCGGAUUUCCUGGUGGCCGUCGUCUGCUGCCCCUUCGAGAUGGACUACUACGUGGUGCGCCAGCUGUCCUGGGAGCACGGCCACGUCAUGUGCGCCUCUGUCAACUACCUGCGGACCGUAUCUCUCUACGUCUCCACCAACGCCCUGCUGGCCAUCGCCAUCGACAGAUACCUGGCCAUUGUCCACCCGCUGAGACCCAGGAUGAAGUAUCAAACAGCCACUGGCUUGAUCGCCUUGGUGUGGGUGGUGUCCGUCCUCAUCGCCAUCCCUUCCGCCUACUUCACAACCGAAACGGUCCUCAUCAUUGUCAAGAGCCAGGAGAAGAUCUUCUGCGGCCAGAUCUGGCCGGUGGACCAGCAGAUCUACUACAAGUCCUACUUCCUCUUCAUCUUCGGCAUCGAGUUCGUGGGCCCCGUGGUCACCAUGACCCUGUGCUACGCCCGGAUCUCCCGCGAGCUCUGGUUCAAGGCGGUACCGGGCUUCCAGACGGAGCAGAUCCGGAAGCGGCUGCGCUGCCGCCGGAAGACGGUGCUGGUGCUCAUGGGGAUCCUCACGGCCUACGUGCUGUGCUGGGCGCCCUUCUACGGCUUCACCAUCGUGCGCGACUUCUUCCCCGCCGUGUUCGUCAAGGAGAAGCACUACCUCACCGCCUUCUACGUGGUCGAGUGCAUCGCCAUGAGCAACAGCAUGAUCAACACGCUGUGCUUCGUGACCGUCAAGAACAACACCAUCAAGUACUUCAAGAAGAUCGUGCUGCUGCACUGGAAGGCUUCCUACAACGGCAGUAAGUCCAGCGCAGACCUGGAUCUGAAAACCACGGGGCUGCCGGCCACCGAGGAGGUGGACUGCAUCCGACUGAAAUAACCUGCUGGACCCUUCAAAGUUUAAACAAAGACAGAGCCUUGGCACGCUGACCGGUGUACUGGGAUCCAAACCAUCAACAAGAACCCUUGGUUUGCUGCAGAGGGCAGAGUGAACGGACAACUGUGUGAACCGUGUUCCAGGAGCUCAGAACUUCUAAAACUGAUGUGACUAGAUACCAGCCCCAGGGGCCAACAUUCACUGAAUGGCUAAUUUGCACAGAGUAGGCACUGGUGAAACCCAUAUGUGUUGACAACAUUUAACUGGCAGAGAGAAAUUGGGAUCAGGCCAAGAAAAAUUUUGGGGCACAGAGAGCCUGAAAUGAGAGGCUUUCCAGAAGGGAACCCAAGUAGGAGUCUAGGACUGUGGUACAUGUGUUUGUAGGGUGAUGGGCUCCCUGACCAUCUCAGCUACUCAUCAGAUACUGAUGUAGCCCAUCUCUAGGAUUGUCCUUAGGCUUGAGUUUACUCUUGACAUUUGUGGGGUUGGAACAAGAAUACAAAACAGGCUCCUGGUUCUUUCUUCAACCCUUCUAUUCUCAUCUCUGGUCCUGACCCUCACUGUGAGGAGCCUUAUGUGCAUGCACAUAGACACCCAACUUUGCAUGGGCCAGUUCUGGCCAAAACCUCCUCCCCAGCACUGCUCCACGGCUACCCCUUGGGUUUCUGGCUGUGGCCAUACAUGGUGACGGUCAUCAUCAUCAGAAGCCACAUAGACCCUGGAAGCCAUUUGGUCAAGGUAUUAAGGGGUUCUGGGUAUCUUGACUUGCUCCAGGGAAGGCCUAGGCUCAGGAUGAGUAUGUUCUCUUGGCUCCAUGGACUUCUCAUCCCAAAGGGAGACGUGCAAAUGGCAGACCUCUGAGAGCCUGGGUGGCUCAGGGCAGGAGCUCAGAUUUUCUAGGUCAAAGGAUGAUACUGCUUCUACCUCUCAGUUAUUCUGUCUUGGACCAAUUAGGAUUCCCCCUAAGUCCUUCUUGUCUUCCUUCUCUUGUAUCCAUGUUUAUGAAACAUAGAGUCUUUGAAAGUAGACACAACACCUCAUGGAUAUGGCUGUCAGCCAUUUUCCAUUUCCACCAGCUCUCACCCUCACUGUUACGAUUUGAGGGCAAGAUGUGUUUGUUACGAGUGCCUGAAACCCAUCACAGUUAUUAAUCCUUUGGAAUAAGACUUGCUUUUCUUUUAAAAUGGAUGUACCCUUGGGCCAGAUAACCCACCGUAUUUCCACUCCUCAGUGUAAAUGAAGCCAUGUGAUCCGGUGGCAGGUGGUGAAGGUUGGUGAUACAGCCCUGAGCACCCAGGAAAGACAGGGACAUACAAAUGGGUGGUGGGUGCCCAGUGAGAUUCAGUGACUCCACAGGCUUAUUGAGGGCUCAUCCGACUUUCUGAUGCACCCUCAUUGCUUGGUGUUUCAAAUUUUGGAACUUGGACUUGUGGAACCAGAAGAUCUGAUCCAGCCUUGGCUCUGUCCCUUGUGUGACCCUUGAUAAAGCUUCUCAAAGGGGACAAAGAUAAUACCUGUGAUAUCUCCUGAUGAGGUGGUUGUGAAGAACCAGUGAGUUAAUAUGUGGGUAAACUCUUUUCAGCCACAGGAGUAAACAAAGGAAUGGAUCAAUAAUGCGUGUAAUGUAUUGUGCCUGACAAGGAAAACUUGUCACCUUGGCUUGUGUUUCUAGAAACCUUACCAUUUCCCCCUUUGCAUUAUUCUUUGUGUGAAUUAUUCCUUAACCUCUCUUAGCCGUGCUAUAAGUGUUUUGUUCCUAACAACAUGCUGGUACAACAAGGCAGUGAAAUUUGGUGGCAAAAGUAUAACAGGAAAUGGCAGAGUGUCUCCAGUCAGAAGAUGAGUUCAGGGUUUCAGGAAUUUCAGAAUCUGAGUAUCUUAAUAAUCGUGGAAGUGUUGACCAUGUUCCUGUGCCUGUUCCCAGCCAGCAUGAGUCUGGGCAAUGUGAUACUGUUUCUGAAUCUUUUUUUUACUCUCCUGAGUAUGUCUACCUAAAGAGAUGACGUGUCCUUUUCCUCUCAAUAAUUCUAGAGCAGCGCAUUUCUAAGGCUAUUUAACUGACACCUGUAUGGUGUUUCCCCUCCAAAUACAGUCAACUCUUUAUUUUUGGCUGCAAAGUUCAUUUUUUAAAUAGUUACUUUAUUUCCCUGGAAGACACAUUCAAAAACAUAUUUAUUUCUUCCUAUUAAUCAUCCAGCAGACUUAUUCUACAGUGCAAUCGGAAUACUCUCAGAGAAUAAAAACUGAUUAAAGUAUUCGCCCAGAUCCAACAUGCCUUGGAAGGCAAUUCUUAUUUCUUAUAAAAUUACAUAUUACAUUCUAAAAUUGGGAACGUUAGCUUUGGACCAAAAAAUAAUAAAAGGACAUAAUUUGUUGUUCUGUUCACCUUUUCCAUCGAAACGCUAACCAAGAAUCGACUAUUAAGUAGGAGCUUUUUAUGUGUGACAACCAAACUUCUUUUUGCUUUUCAGCCUGGAAUAUAUCAACUUUUCACUUACCUAACCGUCUGUAAUAUUUUUAGAUGUUGUGUCUGCUUGUGAUUUUACAGUGAAUGAACGUGUUGUGUUGUGAUCAAGUGAAAUAAAGAAUUGUACAUAUAUAA